GACUCAUGGGUAGUAAAAGUGCGUCGUUCUCCACCAUGCUGCGCCCCAUCAUGAGGCUUGGUCAGUGUGGAAGUGACGAGACGGACGAAGAGUCGCAAGCUUAAAUACAUUUCGACUGUAGAAGGAGUUCAGCCUGGAUGGUUGUGCGUCCCAGGAGAUGCUGUGGUUCCUGGAACAGCCACUGUGCUAGUUGUACAGUGGGCGACAACAGAGGGCGCACAGGAGCUUGGCAUGUCGGCGCCCAGGGUCAAAGGCUGUGGGAAAGUCAGAGGACUGUGUUCUUCACGUCUCCUUGCUGGCUUGUUUUGCCCUCUCUAAUUCAGCAGACAGUGUCCCCAGAGACCAGGCAGGCCUGGACAUUCCUUUGGCCUCCAUUUGAAAGGCAGAUGUCUAAAUAUAGACUCUGCGAGAACAUGAGCCUAUUGAAGUGGCCCUGCUCCAGGCGGCUUGAGUAGAAUGUCGACUUUAUUUGCUUCUCUUCUGGGAGUUUGUCUGUGUAACAGCACAUCUUUGUGUUUUACGCUGAGAUAUACUGGAAGAGACAACCACACAAAUGAACACGCAGGACUUGUCGUGGUCACAGCAGCUGGACGUUUUGUUUUGAUCACAGUUUGUGAAGAAAACAAUGCAACACAUACGAUGCGACAUGAUUAACCUGGCUGAAUGCAUGGCUUAAAAAUGCUUUCAAUGUGUUGUUGUUGGUCCUCUGUUUGUCCUGUGUAAAUGUAUCAAAUACGCUAUGUUGCUUUAUUGCUCCACUCACUCAGACGCACUGAUAAUUAGCUUGACCCCAGUCCAUCAGAAGAACGUGCAGUGAAAUUGAUGUCAGUCUUUGUGGGGCCUGUUAUUCUGUGUCUCUCAUGUUUAUGGCACCAAAGUCUGGCAAACACCUCCGCUGUCUGUCUAGCAGCCAAGAUGUAGUUGCAGCUUUGGCCCCGUGCUCUCCACACUCAGAAGAUGGCAGUGUUUCUCCAUCCAGACUCGCGUCGUUGAGUGGAGUCACAUGACUUUCUUCUGGGACAACUGGAACUAGUCAUGUGAUGUCGGUGAUAUGUCAAUCUAGUCUGAUCGAAUGAGAAGAAAGUGCUCAUCUCAGCAUCGUCGUGUGUCAUUGACAAAGUUGGGUGGUCUUCGGCAGCUUUUCACUAGCACCUUCUACCUUGAUAUUUUUUUAUGCCAAUCAAUUUGAAUGACUUGAAAUUCUCUGUCCGUGGUCCUGAAACCGUGGCAAACUAUGAGGAGAUGAAUAGAGAGCGGCCUAGAAAUGUUUCCUUGUUCACACAUGAUUACAAGCCUUUUCACUGCUCUUCUUCCACUCCCUCUCUGAACACAGUUCACGCUCCCUCUUCCAGUCCCUCUCCCUCUCUCUGGCGGGUUCUCCUGGCCCCGCCCACUUGCACUCUUGCUUUCUCUCGGGGAGCUGUGUACUCUGCUUUUCAUCGAGCUGGCCAUUCACCUCUGAAUGCACCAACACUCUGCCUUUGCUGGUUUGCACCUUCUUCAGCAGCAGACAAAAAAGCCCAGCGUCUCUCUUAUGACUCCGGGGACGAGGAGCCUACGUCUCAGUCGGAGCGCACUGAACUUCAGGGAGCACUAAAGAUACUUGUUGGCAAACUUGAUGACCUCAGCACUUGCAAUGACUUGAUCGCCAAGCACGGUGCGGCGCUGCAGCGUUCCCUGAGCGAACUCGAGGCUCUCCGAGUUCCACUGGAGGGUGGCGAGAAGAUCAAGGCCGUGAACGAGCGAGCGACACUCUUCCGCAUCACUUCAAAUGCUAUGAUCAAUGCCUGUCGGGACUUCCUGCACUUGGCCGAGACACACAGCCGCCGAUGGCAGCGGGCUCUGCAGUAUGAGCGCGAGCAGCGGACCCACCUGGAGGAGACCAUAGAGCAGCUGGCGAAGCAACACAACAGCCUGGAGCGAGCGUGGAGAGAAGCACCCACCGCCACCCAGGACGGCAGUGAGAGGCCGCUGAAAGAAGAGGCGAGUGAUGAAGAUGAGGAGACGGAGUAUUUUGAUGCCAUGGAAGACUCGCCUGCCUUCAUCACAGUGACGGCCAGCCAGAGCUCGCAGCACAGGCGCUCGCAGAGUCAUCUGAGCGGAGCCAGCGGAAGUCACGCGACUGACUGGAACCAGGAGCAGCAUAUGACUCCGCCCUACAAUGACCUGUCAGGAAGGGAGCCGCCGCCUCGCAGGCAGCGCAGGACUCGAGUUCCAGACAAGCCCAACUAUUCUCUCAAUUUAUGGAGCAUCAUGAAGAACUGCAUCGGGAAGGAGCUUUCCAAGAUCCCCAUGCCUGUAAACUUCAACGAGCCUCUGUCGAUGCUGCAGCGUCUCACCGAAGAUCUGGAGUAUCACGAGCUCCUGGACAAGGCGGCGCGUUGUGACUCCUCUCUGGAGCAGAUGUGCCUAGUCGCUGCCUUCUCCGUCUCCUCCUACUCCACCACGGUCCACCGCACGGCCAAGCCCUUCAACCCGCUCCUGGGCGAGACCUAUGAGCUGGACCGCCGGGAGGACUUUGGCUACCGCUCGCUGUGUGAGCAGGUCAGCCACCACCCUCCUGCCGCCGCUCAUCACGUGAUUUCCCAGCGAGGCUGGACCCUCUGGCAGGAGAUCACCAUUGCCAGCAAGUUUCGUGGAAAAUACCUCUCCAUCAUGCCUCUGGGUGCCAUCCACCUGCAGUUCCACUCCAGUGGGAAUCACUACGUGUGGAGGAAGGUCACCUCCACGGUGCACAACAUUAUCGUGGGCAAGCUGUGGAUCGACCAGUCGGGGGACAUUGAGAUUGUAAAUCACAGAAGCCAGGAGACGUGCCAGCUCAAGUUCUCUCCCUACAGCUAUUUCUCCAGGGAUGUGCCUCGGAAGGUGACGGGCGUGGUGGCCGACGGCGGCCGGCAGGCUCACUACAUCCUGUCCGGUACGUGGGACGAUAAAAUGGAAAGUGCCAAGAUCGUCCACAGCAGCCGCGGUGGAAGUGGAUCGGAGGGGAAGCAGAAGACCGUCUACCAGACGCUGCCCCCCAAGCUCUUGUGGAAGAAGUACUCGCUCCCGGAGAACGCUGAGAACAUGUACCACUUCUCCGCGCUGGCUCUCACCCUCAAUGAGCCGGAGGAGGGAGUGGCGCUGAGCGACAGCCGCUUGAGACCGGACCAGCGGCUGAUGGAGGAGGGCCGGUGGGACGAAGCCAACUCUGAGAAACAGAGGCUAGAAGAGAAGCAGAGAGCGGUGAGGAGGAGGAGGGAAGCCGAGGCCUCGGAAGCGCUGGACGAAGAGUGUGAUUAUGACCCGGGCAGAGAGUUCGAGGCUUACCAGCCGCUGUGGUUCCAGCAGAGGAGAAACUCCGUCACCGGCGAGACCAGCUUCGUCUACAAAGGCGGAUACUGGGAGGCCAAGGAGCGUCAGGACUGGGGCCCAUGUCCCGACAUAUUCUAGCACAGGAAGCCGGGCGCCUGCUCGGGGUCUUGCUCCUCCUCAUGUGCUUCCUCCACAGAAGCCUCUCCCGCUGCGGUGACUCCGUCAGGUGAUGUGAGAAGCUUUACCCACAGUGCACUUUCUUCACGUCUGGCUCCGUUGAACCCAAGAUGCUGUUCAGCUGUAGGUUGAAAACAAAACUCUGGAUUCUCCAACAAGUAUUAACAUGGCUAAAGGAGGAGAUGAUCAAAGGACUUGGGUUGUCAUGGCAACUGAAGCGGGAGUCUGCGGUGACGUCACCAACACCAGCAUCGCUGAGAUGAGAGAAGCAAGCGCCCACGCCACGUGCCGGCGGGCGGACUCCAGCCCACUUCUCCGAGCGCCACUUUUCACAACCACACCGUUUCCACGGUGACGCUGAUGAGGAGCUGUCAAAGAGGCGUUGGAGGGUGAGCUGCAUGGUCCAGGUCUGGCGGGCGGCUCCACGGUCAGCUGUAGCCGGCGAGGCCUUCACGCUGGUCAGCAUGUUUUUCUGUUUCAAAUGAGCUUCACCUGAGGCUAUUUGUGAUGAGACACUGCAAGACUUGAGAACAUAUAUUUGAUUAGCAGUCACAGCGCCUUCUUUGGCUACAGAUUCUAUCUAUUUUGUUAUUAUUUUUUUACCUGCGCUCUCACAGGCCGGGCUGCCACCAUUGUCCUGAGCGGCAAGCGGCAGUCAUGUGACCUUCGUCCACUGACCCACCCGUAGCUUGUUGUUGACAUUUGCAUCUGAAUUAUUUCAUGCUUCCGAGCCCAUAUGAGGAGAGAGCGUCAGGCCGUUCCUCGUGUAGGACUGGCGUCUUCUUCUUGGAGCUGACCUCCUGAUCAUCCUCAUCAGGACGCCUGAGGUCUCCUGCUGCGAACAUGACAGGUCUCUGCUGAUCCGAAAUUGUACUCUCACAUACUUGAGAUCAUUUCCGUCCCGAGGUGAUUUUGUCUGGAGGAGCAGGUGCCACCUGUGACUGUUGUAGCAAUAACACUGUUGCUUGGCAUCAGUUUCAAAGGGAAACCCGAACCCAAGUGUCUUGUGGAGGUGUGGCUGGCUGUCAGCACGUCUUCAUAAACCCGGUGUCUUCUGUCUCCCAUCUCACUCCCGGCCGGACUUUGAUUCGUUGGUUCUGAUCCCUGCCUUCUCACGUGCCAUUAGCUUCACCCGUCAAGGCCUUUCCUCCGUGAGGCGGAUGAGCUCCAGCUACGGUGUCGGUUCUCCCCAGACGGGCUGUGUACGGUCAAGGCGAUUGGUUUUCAGAUAACACAUCAUGUCUGGAUUACAAGGACGAGAGAAUAAAGGUGUGGGCGAUGUGUGGUGGUCUGAUGGAUCACGCCGAACUCCACCAACUGCUGUCUCUGUUUCCUGUCAUGCAACGCGACAUGAACUUGAGUUGACGUAGACGGCAGCACACACUGGUCAAGAGCUGUUGCUUUACUGUCCGCCAUGAGGAGGCAUUUGGGGUAAGUUCGUCUUCCUGGCGACCAAGUCCAAGACCCAUCCGCUGACUCUUCAGUGAAGGAACUCGCUCUGCCUCUCAGUGUGGUCUGAGCGGGGGAAUGAGAGGUUCGGUGGCUGCCAAACUAUCGCUGUCUUAGGAAUCAUUCUCAUGUCACUGAACAGUUGGGGCCAGAGAAAGCAUCAGCUGAAGAUGUUAAGAUUCAAGUCCAAAAAUACUGCACAGCGUUACCGUCAUCGCUCUGUCGUUCCCAUUUCACGAAGAGCUGAUUUUCUCAUUUCCGCAGACUUUGUUUGUGAUUCCACUCCAUAGCUGGACAAUACCAGCAUGAGCAGUGCUCGCUGACAUCCGCACGAUGAGUGUCCACUCUGAGGCAACGAGACGAACGGGCCGUGGAAUGCAUUGUGUCUCCAGUGGAAGGAAGGACGUGUCGCCAUGACGACGGAGCAACACCAACUGCUGUCCGUCUCUGGGCCUGCAGUGCUGAGCCAGUUGUGAGGCUGGGAGUCUUCGGGUGCCUCAUAUGGUGACGCUGCAAUUGCCAAUACAUGAAUAACCUCCAGUU